AUGACGCUUCCAAUGAUGGCCCCUCUUUGCCUCCUUCUUUUAAUACUAGUUGUAUCAAGUGAAUCCUGGCUGGACUCUUAUAAAGAUCCUGCAGAGAACUCUCCUGCUGAGGAUGACGAUGAAACCCUCAUGGAGAGACGCUGGCAGCUGGGCUAUGAGAACUGGCGUCUUCGCUGCGAGAAGUUCGAGGCGGAGGAGAACCAAACCUCCCCAGUAAACACUCGAAUUGCAGGCGGGGAACUGGCCGCACGUGGCAUGUUUCCCUAUCAAGUGGGUCUGGUGAUUCAGCAGAGUAAUGGUGAUCUCGUAAAGUGCGGUGGCUCCCUCAUCACCCCUCAGUUCGUGCUGACCGCAGCCCACUGUUUGAUCGAUGGCAUAGGGGCUAGGAUUUACUCGGGUGCCACCAGGUUCGCAGAUGAGAGAGAUUCUGCCGAAGAGUUUUUGGUCACUCACCGGGAUUUCAUAACCUAUCCUGGCUACUUGGGCUUUGGGGGAUACAAUGAUUUGGCCUUGAUACGGCUGCCGAGGAAGGUUAUGGCCUCCGAUCGAGUGCAACCCAUCGAGCUGGCUGGAGAGUUUAUGCAUCAAGCGUAUUUGGAAGGCAAAAGUGUAACCCUCUCGGGUUGGGGGAGCUUGGGAGACUCGCCGGGAAACGAAACGCGACUCCUUCAGUACCUGGAUGUGGGGGUUAUUGGCCAGGAGAGGUGUCUCUGCUACUUUCUGCCCGGUUUGGUUACCCCGCGCCAUGUGUGCACCGAUGGCAGCAAUGGACGAGGUGGCUGCAACGGCGACUCCGGCGGACCGUUGGUCUACCACUGGCGCAACGUCAGCUACCUGAUUGGGGUCACCUCGUUCGGCAGCGCCGAGGGCUGCGAGGUGGGGUCGCCCACUGUCUACGCCAGGAUAACCGCAUAUUUGCCAUGGAUCCGACAACAAACGGCAAUGACCAACUAAAUGCAAUUAACGCCUAAUGGCAGGCCAUUAAUUGCUAAACAAUAUAGUCGGGCCAGACAAUAAAACCAAUUUGAGCAAUGAAACCGAGACGGGCUCUUGUCGAGAAGGGAAGGUGAAAAUGGUCCAU